AUGCCCCCCAACGCCACUUCUGGGCCCAGCAAGCGGGCCGCGCAGACUCCUUCUGCUGCUCACACCGCCCCAGCAAGAAAGUCGCUUGGGGCCAACGCUAGCGUGUCCAGCAACCCCGCACCGGCCAAAAAGCCACGAAAGUCGGCCCCUGCUAACCUGGAGAACAGCAAUGGCGUUGCCGGUGACCCGGAAGAUAGCCAAGAUGAUUUCGAGAUUCUUUCGGGCGAUGACGACCAGCCCACCGCUGCCAAGAAGGGUAAGGGCAAAGGCAAGUCGCCCCAGAAGCAAGCCCCUGUAAAAAAGGCGGCACCGGCCAAGAAGAAGCCAACUGUCACCAAGAAGGCGACGAUCACUAUCAGACACGACACGCCCAAGGAGCUCGCAGCCUUUCUUCGCAUCUCGGCAAGAGCUGUUGGCUUGUCGUCCGAACGUUUACGUCUGGACAAGCGGGACCUCAAGGCCCGCCUGCUCGACUCUCAGGCUACCUCCUCCUUGGCAUCUGUGCUCCUCUCGUCCCCCCGGGUGACUGCGGGGGUCCACUCGCAGGUCCUGAAGGGCCUCCGAGACGACGUCGCCAACAUCAAGGCACGUCGAGAGUCCAUCCUCGAGGACAUCGAGCGGAUGACUUUGGGAGAUGAAGAGGAUGUUGAAAAGGUCGCGAGGGAGGCGCAAGGGAUAGCGGAUGCGGAAGAGGAGGAGGAAACCGAGUUGUCUGAGGGUGAAGAUGAGGAAGAAUAG